GACCCACCCGGGCCCACCGAGCCGCUGCCCAGGGUAGAGGCCCCGCCCGGAAUCCCACUUUCCCCGGCAGAGGGGGCCCUCCCCUACGCCACGCACAACUCCUCAGGCCUCGCCAUGCCGCGCCCUAACUCCGUCGCGGCCACUAGUUGUGCCAAGCUGGAAGAUCUGAGCUACCUUGAUGAACAGCGAAACACUCCGCUGCGGAUGUCCGUCCGGCUGCCCGGACACGGCACAGGGAAAAGGGCCUCGCCCGACUCCAAAGUGUUUGUCUUCAGCCUGGUUCACACCCUACAAGUCUCCUGACAUCAUGCUGAAGCCCCUGCUGUUCGAGGUCCCCAGCAUCACUACCGACUCAGUGUUUGUGGGGCGAGACUGGCUCUUCCAGACGCUGGAGGAAGCCCUGAGCACGGGCAAGUCUGACAAGAACCGUGGCGCGGUCAUCGUGGGGAAAGUCGGUUUCGGCAAGACAGCCAUCAUCUCCCGACUUGUCGCCCUCAGCUGCCACGGCAACAGGAUGCGCCAGAUAGCGUCCAACAGUCCUAAUGCUUCUCCGAAAAGCGGAGGUGCCAGCACAGACCUGCCCCUCACCCACCCUCCCCAGGCCACGCUGAGUGUCACUAACACCAAAUCAAGUGGCAGCUGUCCUGGGACACCCGAAAACCAGAGACACGGGAAGGAGGCAGUCAAAAGCCUGGCAGCGAAGGUGGUGGCGUACCACUACUGUCAGGCAGACAACACCUAUACCUGCCUGGUGCCAGAGCUGGUGCACAGCAUCGCCGCCCUGCUCUGUCGAGCCCGGCAGCUGGCCGCCUACAGGGAGCUGCUCCUGAAGGAGCCGCACCUCCAGAGCUCACUCAGUCUGCGCUCGUGUGUGCAGGACCCCGCCGGUGCGUUCUGGAGGGGCGUGUUGGAGCCGCUGCUCACCCUCCGCAAAGAGGGGAAGAUUCCAGAAGAAGACCACAUCAUUCUGAUUGACGGGCUGAACGAGGCAGAAUUCCAUAAGCCAGACUAUGGGGACACCAUUACCUCCUUCAUCUCCAAAAUCAUCUCCAAGUUUCCCAUCUGGCUGAAACUGAUUGUCACAGUGCGGGUCAAUCUUAUGGAGAUGACCGACCAGCUGCCGUUUUCCAAGAUAUCGCUAGACGACUUCUCAGACAACCAGGAGAUUGAGAACGACCUGAAAGCCUACGUCCUGCAUCGAGUUAACAACAGUAAGGAGAUAACAUCCAACAUCUCCCUCAACGGCAAGGCCGACGACACCGAUGUCUGCAAGCUGAGCAGCCAUCUGGUGGCGCACAGCCUGGGGUCCUACCUGUACCUGAAGCUGACCCUGGACCUGUUUGAGAAGGGUCAGCUGGUCAUGGAGAGCGACAGCUACAAGGAGUUGCCUGUCUCGGUGGCUGAGCUCUACCUGCUUCAGAGCAGCGUUAAGUUUUCAACUGACUCCUCCUUCGAGCAUGUGGCGCCCAUCCUCAACGUGGCGCUGGCGUCGCUGCACCCGCUGACGGACGAGCAGCUCUACCAGGCCGUCAACGCGGGGAGUGUGAAGGGCAAGCUGGAGUGGGAGGACUUCCAGCAGCGGAUGGAGACGCUCUCCUACUUCCUGAUACAGCGGCGGGAUGACAGCCGCAUGUUCUGCCACCCCUCCUUCCGCGAGUGGCUGGUGUGGAGGGCGGACGGCGAGAGCACAGACUUCCUCUGUGACCCCAGGAGCGGUCAUGCUGUCAUGGCCUUCAUGCUGUCCCGGAGAGAGGGGAAGUUGAACCGCCAACAGACCAUGGAACUUGGCCAUCAUAUCCUGAAAGCUCACAUUUUCAAGGGUCAGAGUAAGAAGACGGGUGUGUCCUCCAGCAUUCUGCAGGCUCUGUGGAUCAGCUCCAGCACUGAUGGACUGUCGGCUGCCCUGGCCUCCCUGAGGAACCUGUACACGCCCAACAUCAAGGUGAGUCGUCUGUUGCUGCUGGCUGGCGCGAGUGCAAACUACCGCACAGAGGCCCUCAGCAACGCACCGGUGCUGUCCGUGCAGGCCCACCUGGGCCACCAGGAGAUGGCGGCUCUGCUGCUGGACUUUGGGGCAGCCAUAGAGGGGGCGUCGGAACAUGGGAUGACCCCGCUCUGCUUCGCUGCCGCAGCUGGGCACCUCGGCCUCCUCGGCCUGCUGUGCAAGAAGGGAGCCAAGGCUUACCAUGUGGACAAGAGUGGUCAGUGUGCCCUGGUUCAUGCAGCUCUCAGGGGACACCCUGACAUCGUCCACUUCCUUCUGGACCAGGAGUGGGCCCCCGAGGGCCGGCUUCAGGAUUGCGACCGGAAGAACAAGGCCCUCCAGCAGGCUCUUACUGCUGCCUCCAGCAUGGGUCACACACAGGUUGUGAGAAGCUUGCUGGCGUUGAAUAAUGAACAUAUGGUGCAGAUUGAUGGUUAUGACUCCCUGUGGGGUGAGACAGCUCUGACAGCAGCUGCUGGCCGGGGAAAGCUGGAUGUGUGCAGGUUUCUUUUGGAGAAAGGAGCCGGGGUGCAGCAGGUCAACCGAAGAGGAGUGUCCCCAAUAUUCAGUGCUGUGAGGCAGGGCCAAGGCCAGAUUACAGAGUUGCUGCUGCAGCACGGUGCAGACGCUAACACGAGUGACAAGCAGGGACGCACGCUUCUGAUGGUAGCAGCCUGCGAAGGACACCUGAGCUCUGCUGAGUUCCUGGUCUCCAAGGGUGCCGCGCUAACGUCUGUGGACAAGGAGGGAUUGACACCUUUGAGCUGGGCCUGCUUGAAAGGACACAAGAAUGUGGUGCAGUUCCUGGUGGAGGAGGGCACGGUCAUAAAUCACACCGACAAGAACGGACGCACUCCGCUGGACUUGGCUGCAUUCUAUGGUGACGCUGAGAUUGUCCAGUAUCUGGUGGAGAGAGGAGCCGUGAUCGAGCACGUGGACUACAGCGGGAUGAGGCCGCUCGACCGGGCCAUUGGCUGUCAGAACACAUCAGUGGUGGUGACUCUGCUGAAAAAGGGGGCCAAGCUGGGCUACAGAACAUCUCCCUAUGAUCGAUCAGGGAAUGCUGCCUGGGCAAUGGCCACAUCCAAACCAGACAUCCUCAUCAUCCUCCUACAGAAGCUUAUGGAGGAAGGUAACCUGCUGUAUAAGAAGGGGAAAAUGAAGGAGGCGGCACAAAGGUACCAGUACGCCCUGAGGAAGUUCCCCAGGGAAGGGUUUGGAGAUGACCUGAAGGCCUUCAGGGAGCUGCGAGUCUCACUGUACCUCAACCUCUCCCGAUGUCGCAGGAAAACCAACGACUUUGGCAUGGCUGAAGAGUUUGCCACAAAGGCCCUCGAGCUGAAACCGAAAUCGUACGAGGCCUAUUAUGCCCGAGCCAGGGCGAAAAGGAGCAGCAGGCAGUUUGCGGCUGCGCUGGCCGAUUUGCACGAGGCAGCCAAACUCUGCCCGACCAACCGGGAGAUCCGACGUCUGCUUGCGAGGGUGGAGGAAGAGUGCAAGCAGCUGCAUCACGGCCAGCAGAAACAGCAGGGGGCGCCAGACCGACACGUGGACUGCGAGGAAAGGGAGGCGCUUCCCAUCGACCAGGACAAAGAAAGUCAGGGCAAGCCAGCGCCUCAGGACGCAGGCGAGGAAGAUCCCUUGCAGCAGGACGACGGGCAAGAGCCCUGGCAGCCCGAUGACAUCUUUACCCUGAACCAGACGCUUGAAGAUGCAGUGGAUGCCUCUCAACAGAACCCAAGGCCAGAGUCACCACCCGAAGCACUGAGCCACAAUUACCACCGGGAGCCUCUGCCCUUCCAGCUCAGUAAGCAGACCCAAAGCAUCAAAAGCAACAACUCCCAGAAAUUUGAGGCCAGAACAGGAAGCAAGCCUCCGUAUGGUCCCUCGAGCCCUCUCCCGAGCCGACACAUCUCCAGCGUUCUGAAGCCAGGCCCGGGAAUCGACAUCGGCCCACUGCCGCUCAAAGAUUCAGAACCCAACCCUGGUGAGCACUUGACCCCUGUAGUCCACCACUGUGACACGGGGGCCGAGCCCGUCCAGCCCUACCCCAUUAGCAGGCUCUCUGCCCACUCGGCUUCCUCCUUAGACGCUCUGGUAGGGGAAGGAGCCCUGGAGAUCGGGAAGGAGUCAUUAGCAAGCAGUGUCUCCACGGUUGGUUCCCAAGCCAGCAGCAUGAAGGUGUCCAGCUCCACCAGCAGUUUGGGAUCCACCGGCAGCCUCUCCGACGGCAGCAAGCCAGCAGGCCCGGACGUGCGCACCAAGACCGCACCGGACAGGACCAAGCAGGCCCAGGGAGGGGCCGGUGAGUACAAACCCCGGCCCUUUAUGGGGGUCACGGACAAGACUGCGCGAUUCCAACAGCUGCCGCCACCGCACCAGGAUCACCGGCUCGCCGGUCGUGGCUGGCAGAGCCACUCUACCGAAGGGCUGGUCGGACAUGUCAUGUCCGCCUCGGGCAUGCAGUUCGAGACCUGUGAGCUGCCUUACGCCAUGAGCACUUACCACGAGCAGCUCAGAGCUCCACCUCAGGGCCUCACAGGGGGCUUUCACAACGGAAUGUAUUCCAGGGAAUUUGCGGAGAAGUUCUGCCAAGCCGCCACCUGUUACAAGGAAUCCAAGCCAGCCGUAGCUGUGCUGCAUUCUUUCUCUGACAGUAAAUCCAAGCCGUCCAGCCUGGUCCGAGAUAAUCCCUCCAUUCUCAUGGCUUCAAUGAAACCAAAGCGAUCCUUUGUAGAGUCAAAUGUGUAGGCUCCCCAUUUUAAUUUUCAUUGCCUCCCUUCACCUCCACCCCAUCAUUCUCUAUAGUACAUUUUUUAAGCUGUCGGCAAAGUUGAAAAAUACCAUUUAUUAACACAAACACACACACACAAAAAAACACUAAACGCUGUCUGUUGGUGUAGACUUUUUUUUAAACAUGGACCACAGGCAGUAGUGGCAAAGGCACUUUCAUACUCUUUCACAAGGGCUGCACCCUUACGACAGUUCGGCCAAGCUGGACAUUACACCAAGGAACUCACAUGGCAUGUGCAGGACAAUUUAAGCUGAUAAAAGAGCAAUGCUUUAAUGAAUCAAUAUAUAGUGGGCUUAUUAUUAUUGGCACCCUUGAUAAAUAUACACAAAAAGUGCGGUAAACUAAAAAAAAACAAUACAGUUAUUGACAUGAGCUUUAUUUUCUAACAUGCGUAGAGUGCUUUAUUAAUGAUUCAAUGGAAUCAACCAUUCAAAUUUCAAUUUAAAAAUGUAUUUGGCACCCCUGGCAAAGAUGAUAGCCAUGAGUCUAUUCAUAUAAUUUAGAGAAGAGAGUUAGAGGUUAGAGAACACAUUUGGAGGGAUUUUUGGCCAUGCAGAACUUCUCAGAAUCAUUGAUAUCAUUGAUGGGAUUUAUGUCUGGAGACUGAGAUGGCCAUUUUUACUUAACCAUUUCUGUGUGGAUUUUUAUGUAUGUUUGGAGUCAUUGUCCUGCUGGACAAUCUACCUACAACCAAGUGUCAGCUUCUUGGCAGAGGCAACCAGAUUUUCUGCCAAGAUUUCCUGGUACUUUAUUGAAUUCAUUGUGCCAUUGAUUCUAUGUUGAAUUAUUGUACACUUAAAUAGUGCCUCUGGACUAAUAGCAAAACAUCUCCAAAACAUCAAUGACCCACCACCAUAUUUGAAAAUAGGUGCUUCUCCUUGUAUGCAUUCCAUUUUGCCCCAAACAUGUUAAUGUUGUGUAUGGCCGCAACAUUCAAUUCAGGUCUCAUCUGACCAUAGCAUUCUCUUCCAGUUAUAAUUCCAAUGAGGUUUGGCAAACUCUUGAUGCUUGGCUUUGUUUAUGUGGUGAUUAAGGGUCGUCUUCGUGCCACUCUUUCAAAUUGUUUGCAAUUUUUUUAGACUUGGUAACCCCAGGACACAACCAAUCUCGGUAAUUCGUAAACUGCAAUCCUUGGGUUACUUAUGGCCCUUCCUUUCCAUCCGUGGGGAUGAUAUGCACUUGCAUCCUGGCAAGUUUGCAACCAUUCCAUAUAUUUUACACAUUUCUAUUACUGCCCUUACAGUGCUAAGUGGUAUGUUUAACGGUUCAUGUAUUUUUUGUACUCAUUAUCCGACUUGUGAUGGUCAAUUACCAUCUGUGUCUUCUGAAUUGACAGUUAUUUUCCCAUGCUGAUGGUUAACAAUGGGAUUGUGCAUGCUCUUUACCUCAUUUUAUAUAGUGAAACAGGAAGUGAUGGAGUGACACAAUGUAGUUCCUUUGAACUGAGAGUUAACUAAAUUGAACUAAAAUUAGUUAACUAAAAUUUCUGUUUAUUUGAUUUUCUAUACAAUAAUUGCUAGGGGUGCCUGUGGUUUUCACAAAAAAAGAAUUGCUAAAUAAAAAACAAUGAAACAUGAGAGUAAAUUUAUUGAAAUAAAAGUAUGUUUGAACAUAAAAUAUUGUUGUUUAUUAUAUGCAGCCUUUUCUCUCCAUUAAAGGUGCCAAUAAUUCUGGUGCCCACAGUAUACCUUCCAGGUGCUUUCACAAAAUCAAGUAUUCAUACAUUUACAAUAUUAAUCCACUGAGGGACGUGGGGCUGUGCUGUUUGGUUUGACAGUCUAACAGCUGGUGGAGAAGAAAUUGGAAAUCACCAUAACUGAGCUUUGAUACUGCAUAUACAUACUCAGUGGUCACUUUAUUAGGUACACCUAUUUUACACGGCAUAUGACCUGGCAUAUUAAUUAUUUGUGCCAUGGAUUCAACAAGGUGUUGGAAACAUUCCCUAUGGAUUUUGGUCCAAGCUGAUUUGCUAGCAUCAAGCAGUAGCCUGUUUUUUGGCUAUACAUCCAUGCUGUGUACCUGUUCCACCUCAUCUCAAAAGUGCUUUAUUGCAUUGGGAUCAGCAUGCUUAGGUAUGCUGUGGCAUUCAAAUGAUGCUAUUAAGGGGCCUAAUGCCUGCCAAGAAAACAUUCUCCGCACCAUUACACCACUACCACAUGCCUGCACCAAUGAUACAAGGCAGUGUGGACUCAUGCUGCAGUUUAUACAAAAUUCUUUAUUACAUGCAUGUUGCCACAGAAAUCAAGAUUAAUCAGAUCAGGCAAUCUUCAAUCAUCCAAUUUUGGUCAUCACACGUCAACUGGUGACAUGGCCUCUUCUCCCCAAACUAUUAAUAUGUUUUUUCACUGACACAGAACUGGUGCUCGCUGGAUAUUUUUUGUUUCUCACACCACUGUCUGUAAAAUGUAGACUCAGUGAAGAAGGUGUUUCUGAGAUGCGGGAGCCAACACGUCUGGCACCAAUCACAACAUGGGUCAAAGUUUCUUAGGUUACUCAUUUGCCAAUUCUCAUGUUAUGGUACAACUGAACCACUUCACCAUGUCUGCAUACUUUAUAUAUUGAGUUGCAGCCACAUAAUUCCCUACUUGGAGGAGCAGAAGGCUCUUCGUGUUAAUGAGCAAGUGUACCUAAUGGCCACUGAGGUUAUAAUACAUAUUUUAAGUGAAGGUCUAUGUCAUUGUCAUUGACUUUUUACAAAAGAAGACAAAAGUAUUUAUCUUCUAUGUUUGUACAUUGUAUAAUUCAACCUCUGUUUAAAUCUAUGUAUCUGUGUGUUGCUGUCUAGGUUAAUUUAUUUACAGUCCAUAUGGCUUAGUCAAUUGUAAAAUCAAUAUUUUAUAGUUAUUUUUGCACAGCUGUGAAGACAUUAUACAUUUUCAAUAAGCUUUAUUGAGAUUAUUUUGGUUGCUACAGUUGCAGUUUAUAAUAAAGACCACAAAUUCUAUCAGAUGGAUUUGGUGGGAUUGGGGCCAUCAGUUAUAUUUUAUUGUAUGUCAUUUGCAGUUGUUGACUUGUUUCCAGUAUUGUGAUCUGCAUUACCUGUUAUCACAUACUGUACUGUAAUAGAACAUUACUGCCAAUAAAGUCCCUCAUUAAUACCA